AUGUCUCAAUCCCUCAAACCGUAUCUCACAGCAGUUAGGCACUCGCUGAAUGUGGCACUCUGUCUAGAAAACUUUUCGUCUCAGAUCGUCGAGCGUCACAAUUAUCCCGAAGUGGAAAACAAGAAGACAACAGAGGUGCUGCUAAACCCAAUGAUGAUAUCAAGAAACGAGAACGAGCGCGUGCUCAUUGAGCCAAGCAUCAAUUCUGUGAGAGUGUCUAUCAAAAUCAAACAAAGCGAUGAAAUAGAGAGUAUUUUGGUCGACAAGUUCACCAGAUUCUUGACCAAAAGAGCAGAGAAUUUUUUAAUUCUCAGAAGAACGCCUAUCCCAGAUUACGAUAUCUCGUUCCUACUCACAAACUACCACAACGAGGUGAUGAUGAAGAACAAAUUGAUCGACUUCAUCAUCGAAUUUAUGGAAGACGUCGACAAAGAAAUCAGCGAGAUGAAAUUGUUCCUCAAUUCCAGAGCGAGAUUUGUCGCAGAAGCAUAUCUGAGCGUGUUCGAUUAG